AUGCCCUUUUGGAUUGUGGUCGGAGGUGCUGACAAAGGCGGCAUUUUAGUUCGACGUGGCCAGGAGCUCUCUUCUCCUGCCUUCAAUGAGCGUUUGUCUACCGGUGCGGAGGUGGAGCAGUUGCACGUCACUGGUGAUCGACUCCACUACCGAAGAAUCACCGGCACUGGCCCAGAGGAGGGCUGGGUCAGCGUUCGGAUCAGUGGCAAAGAGUUGCUGACGCAGAAAGAAGACAAGGAAGCAGAGGAGGUGCCGAAGGAGAGCAAACUUGUUUUGACUUUGCCGAUCCAGCACAGGGAGGUCGUUGGGCCAUCUUCUGGUUACACUCACCGGUGGGCUGUCAACAUUGAUACCUGGAAUCCAGCUGGUGGAUCGGACGGCAGGGAGUUUCAAUUUUUGCUGCACCUCAUCAAAGAGGAGAAUGAAAGAAAAGCGGUCUUGCGCUUCAAGUUUCUGGAUGACCAGAAGCGAGCGUUGAUUUCACGGCUUUUAGUUCGUCAAGCAAGUGCAUCCUCCUUGAAUAAAACGAACUUCGAUGACAUCGAGAUCAAACGAACAAAAGGAAGGAAGCCUUUCUUGGCCAAUCCUUUGCCCCCGGAAAAGGAGGCACCCAACUGGAAUGUGAAUUGUUCCCAUGAAGGCAAAUGGGUCGUUUGUGCCAGCGAAGCUCAUGUGAUUGCUGGUAUAGACGUGGCUGAGUUACGAAGGAAGAAGAAAGAUGGAGACCCAAUUGACUUUCAUGAUGUCUUCAAGGACAACCUGACCUACAAAGAAUGGGAGUAUGUAAAGACGCAUGGACCGUGUUUGGACAAGGAGUACGAGGCUUUUUCCCGCUUUUGGUCGGCCAAGGAGGCCUUCGUGAAAGCACGAGGUGAUGGCCUGGCGUAUCCUCUUGGGCAGGCAGAGUUCCAUUGGAAGCCCAUUGAUGGCUAUGAACCUGGCACCGCCUUUGAGGGUGACGUUCACAUUGAAGGCACAGUGGCAUCAAACAUCGUCAAAGUAAAGCUUUGCAGAGAGAUUGAGCUGUCAGAUUUCGUGAAGGCACGCACAGCCCGAAGUGGCGAUUUGUGCAGUACAGGCAGCCCAGAGAGUGACCGUGCGAAAUUGAGAUCUUCCAUUCCAUACGAUUCGAUACGAGUUGAGCUUGUUCGACUCAUGUGGUGGCAGAAAAGAAGUGCUCCACGGUUCACGGAAGGCAUGGAAGGCAUGGAAUGGGGAGCCAUGGCACACGGAUUUACGAAGUCGCAGAGCGCGGUAGAAUGUCGCCUGGAAAGUGCGAGUGACCUGGCCACCCUUCUGAAUGCACUCACACUGAGAGACAAGGAGCAAAAGGACCAGCGCGUGAUUUGCGAGGCCAGUGAAAAUGGGUUGAAGUUCACUGCCCAGAGUGCUGGCAAGGACGUCACAGUUCUCGGGUGGAUCUUCAAAGAUGCGUUCACAGAGUACACCUUUGAUGGUGCUGGUGAGGAGCACCUACACUUCAAGCUCCCUGUUGCACCACUCCUCAGUUGCCUCAACAUCUUCAGUGAGCGAGCAGUUCUAGCAAUGAGGUUCCCAGCUGGAGCACACGAGCUGCGCUUCACGUUAGAGGAGGAUGGCGCCACCACUGAAUGUCGAUUGAGAACCCUACUGCUGGAUGAGGCUCCAGUGCCAAUUGCCACCUUCCGAGCGGAAAAUGAAAGGCUCAGCAUUUUUCGAGCGAAGCAGCCUGAGAUAUGGCAUGCUGCCUUGAGUGAAUUCCAUGAGCUUGAAGCUCCUGAUGUGGUCUUGAAGGUGACAUUUCGUCCAGCCACUGCACCGGAUGCUCCCAUUGUGACAUUGCGAGCAAGCACCAUAGGAAGCGAUGCGGAGGUGGAACUCUCACAAAGCAGCCUUGAAGAUGUCGAAUUGGCUGAACAUGCAGCCGUGGCUGGUCAAAUCACGCACAGUUAUUUGCUGAGCAGCGUGCUUGGUGGAUGCCUCAAAGCAGCCAAAGAAUCUCGAGGAUUGAAGGUCCGCUUCAAUCAAGAAGGCGUCAUGAGCAACCAGCGGAGCCCCGUGAAGGGGCCGCCGAAGAUGUCUGGCUCUAAGCAGGAGACAGUCAGCCCUACUGCCUAUGUCGCUGACGAAGACUUCGCUGAUGAGGCAUACUAUGAGACUGCCGAUUUCUACGGCGAUGAUGCUGAUGACACACAGUAUGACGAGGUGUUUGAGUCCAACGACGUCCUUGAGUUUGAGGACGCCUAUGAACAUGAAGACGGCAUGACGGCGGCCGAGGACUACUACCCAGACUAUGAUCUGCCAGAAAACAACGACCCUGAGGCCGAGGAAGCAUAUGCGACCUACUUGGACGCACGACGAAGAUUUGCAGAAAUCAAAGCCAAUCGUGGCUUUUGGCCCGUGGUGGCUCUAGGUCCUGAGACAACCACCAGCUCAUCCUCCCAGCAACGUCCUUUCCCUCCCAACAACAAGGGCGGCAAGAAGGGCAAGAACAAAGGAAAGGGCAAAGGAGGAGGAAAGAAUGCAUCACCACCACAGAAAGGCGAUGCGAAGUCUCGAGGACGAGCAGCACUUGGUGGCGACAACAACGUCCUCAACAACCAUUCAACUCACAACGACGAUAACACCUACGACCUCAACCACUACAUCACUACAACUGGCAGAAGCGCCCCAGACGUCGCCAUGACUUGCUACGAUGAUACAACCACCACUCAACCAUCAGUUGCUAUGCAACAGCGCGGCUACAGUGUCCAGAUAUUUGAUCGGGCAAAUGGCUGGGACUUCACGUCCUCACAACACAGGCAGCAGUUCAUGCGCUUGUACUACCAAGUCCAGCCCGAUUAUGAAGAGGACGCCAUUGAGCAAGAAGCACCGCCACCAGAUCCCGACGGAGAUCAACCAAUGGCCAUCGUUGACGCAGCGGAUCACUGGGACGUCUCCGAAGACGGCAUCACUUGGUUUGUGAUGCAAGAUGACUGGACUGAAGAGACUGCGGGCCGCGAGAUGCCCUACAACUGGCAGCCGGGCGAAACCUUUGAACAACUCAGAGCACGAGUUGACAGGCAAGAGACAUUGUCUCUCUACCAGCCACACCAUGGCAUGGUCACCUAUGGCCCCAACAGAGAGACCUUUGCAAGAGAAGAACGACCACACAAUACCAGCACACCUUACCACAGAGCAACGCAGCCUGAGGAGAAAGACAUCACAGAGCAAACAUACCACACCUACGAUAACAUCGACCUACUGUCAGACUCCAACCAAAGUCUCCCACCUGGAUGGCAUAUCAUCAGCGAUGGCACCAUUGAACUCGGUGACACUCAAGACGAGUGGCAACUCAAGAAAGGAUGGCUCAUUAGGAAGCACUACUUGGCACGAACCAGCAAGUAUGAGCCAGAUGAGGCCACUUGCCCCAUACCACUUGCCUACCUAGGCAAAGACCGGGUCACGAAGUACCCAGCAUAUACAAGCCAUGACAGAUGGCGCAACAAGCGUGACACCACACACCAGCAGCAACAGGAGGAAGCACAGCCAUGGACAGGUAGCACCUGUUUCAAAAUCCUCCAGGCAAGUCGGCAGCAAGCAGCAACUUGCUUCUACACAGCAAGCAAUGGCCACAGCACAUACAUUGUGGAAACGCAGACAACCAGGGAGGAUCCUGACCUCCAGCAACAGCUGGAGCGAGUCCAGCGGCAGCUUCAGCACCUGGAACAACAAUACCAGCAAGAACACCACAGAUCCCAGAGGCUAGAAGAGCACCUCAACCUUUUCAAAAGGAAGUAUGCCACCGAGCUGGAAAAGAACAAGGAGAUACAUCUUCGUGCCAAGGAAGCACGAGACACGAUGGCCGCUGAUGUUCUCAGCCGCCAGACAAAAUUCAACCAAGUUGUGGACCGUCACGUUGCAGCAGGAAUAGAAAAGGCAGCCAACAGACCUGUGCACUUUGCACCCCACGGUACUGUGUGGCAUGCAGACCCACAGUGUGAAGCCUUGACCAGGCCAAACACGACCAAGUUCAGCAGAAGACCUUGCAAGGUGUGUGCCCACACUCUAGCACCACGAAUUCCAGAUGGAGAAGUGCGAGAAGUCCUAGCGAGAUGCUUCCGAGACCAAUCGCUCUCUCGAGCUAGCACUGACUGA